CUCUGAAUUCCUGCAGAGUGUGACACUUUUUCAACUUCACACCGUCACAAAGACUGACUGAGUGAGAAUGGCAAGCAGCAAAGUGUGUCUGGUGUCAGCUCUGUGCUCCUUCAUCAUAUUCACCAUCUGUAUCAGCAGCACAGAGUCAGUGAGCUGCUGUAUGAGGUACUCAAAACACCCUCCACCUUUGAAAAAGAUUUUGGGCUACAACAUUCAGACCAUCACUGGAUCCUGUGACAUCAGCGCCAUUGUCUUCCAGCUUCCAGGCAGGUUUGUGUGCGCCGACCCUUCAACAGACUGGACCCAGAAGGCUUUGAAAAUCAUUGAUGUAAGGAGAAGGAAGGUCAAUCAGAUCCUGAAAGGAAAACACUGAAAUGCUGCCA